AUGGCACCGCAGUGGACCCAUCUCAUCCGCUUCAUCGCCAAGGAGGACGGCCAGACCCAUUUGGGCCAGGUCGAUGCCGCGCAGUUCCCGGAUGUCGGCCUCGCUGUUUUCGAGGCCAAGGAGGUCAGCGUGAAGGAAGUUACCGGUGGCUUGUACGACGGCGUGGUGACGGAUCGGGUCCUGCAUGUGGACAAGCUCCUCUCGCCCGUCACGGUCGACCAAGUGCCGCUCAUCCGCUGCCUGGGCCUCAACUACCGCGACCACGCCAAGGAGGCCAGCAUGCCCAUCCCAAACGAACCCAUCCUCUUCAUCAAGCCGCGCACCGCCAUCAACGGGCCGUUCCCGGCCAAGAUCAACGUGCCCAAGGUGGCGCAGGACGGCACGUCCGACUACGAGGCGGAGCUGACCAUUGUCAUCGCCAAGGACGGCAAGGACAUCCCCGAGGAACGCGCGCUCGACUACGUGCUGGGCUACACGUGCGGCAACGACGUGUCGGCCCGCGCGCAGCAGUUCAAGAACAGCCAAUGGUGCUUCUCCAAGGGCUUCGACGGCAGCGCACCCGUCGGCCCCGUGCUGGUCAGCGGCAAGGCCAUUGGGGAUCCGCACGCGCUGGACAUCAAGGCCAUUCACAACAACAAGGUUGUGCAGGACUCGAACACGAGGGAGAUGAUUUUCAACAUUGCGAAGACGGUGUCGUUCCUGUCGAUUGGCACGACGCUGGAGAAGGGUACCUUGAUCAUGACGGGCACUGGGCCGGGCGUUGGCGCCAUGCGGAACCCAAAGGUGGUGCUUCAGAACGGCGAUGAUAUGAGGGUGCAGAUACAGGGCAUCGGGACGUUGAUCAACGAGGUGUACUACGAGUAG